AGCAAUUGAAUCGCUCUCUCUUUAAUUUUUAUUUUUUUAAAUGAUUAAACUUUGAGUUAUUAUUCUGUUUGGCCAAUUGAUUAUUUUUAUACGAAGUUGUACGAACCGAUAGCAGAGAUCUACUUUGGGUUCCCGAUUCUACUCAACCUCUGCGUCUGGGAGGAGAAAAAUAUAUAACGAGGGAGGCAGGCCACAGUUCUCUUCUCUGGGACAGUAGCUGAGAGAAGGGAGAAGCUCGGAAGGAGAAGGGAAGGCGGGGCUUUCCUGGUUGCGUAGCUGGAUCGUGAUGUAUUUUAUGCUUCCGAUUCAAAAGGAUUAGAAUUGGAUUUUGAUUCAGUGAAUUUUCGUAUAAGGAAUUGAAAUCGAUGGGGAAGGGAGGGCAGGACGUAGGGAAGAACGGGAAAGUCGGGCUUGAAUCGGAGGAGAAUCGGGAUGUCUUCCCGGCCUGGUCGAAGGACGUGAAAGAAUGUGAGGCCAAGUACGAAGUCGACGUUCAGCAGGGGCUGCCGGCUGCGGAGGUGGAGAAGAGGCUCCAGAUCUAUGGUCACAACGAGCUGGAGAAGCACGAAGGGACAUCUAUUUGGGAGCUGAUAGUGGAGCAAUUCAAGGACACGUUAGUUAGGAUAUUGUUGGCCGCUGCCGUCAUAUCUUUUGUUUUGGCGUGGUAUGAUGGCAAGGAAGGUGGCGAGAUGGAGAUCACGGCUUUCGUGGAGCCGUUGGUUAUUUUCCUGAUAUUGAUUGUGAAUGCAAUUGUCGGGAUUUGGCAGGAGAGCAACGCCGAGAAGGCGUUGGAAGCUCUGAAGGAAAUCCAGUCAGAGCAUGCUGCUGUUAUUAGAGAUGGGAAGAAGAUCUCUAGCCUCCCUGCCAAGGAACUUGUUCCUGGGGAUAUUGUGGAGCUGAGGGUUGGUGAUAAGGUGCCUGCAGAUAUGCGGGUUGUGAGUUUGGUCAGCUCUACGGUUAGGGUCGAGCAGGGUUCUUUGACCGGUGAGAGUGAAGCUGUGAGCAAGACUGUUAAACCAGUUGCUGAGCAUACUGAUAUUCAGGGCAAAAAAUGUAUGGUUUUUGCUGGAACGACAGUGGUGAAUGGUAACUGCAUGUGCUUGGUCACUGGCACUGGAAUGAACACUGAGAUAGGGAAGGUGCAUUCACAAAUUCAUGAAGCCUCUCAGCACGAGGAAGAUACCCCGUUGAAGAAGAAGUUGAAUGAAUUUGGAGAGGCCCUAACCAUGAUUAUUGGAGUUAUUUGUGCAUUGGUUUGGCUCAUUAAUGUCAAGUACUUUCUUACUUGGGAAUAUGUUGAUGGCUGGCCAAGGAACUUCAAGUUCUCAUUUGAGAAGUGCACGUAUUACUUUGAGAUUGCUGUGGCUUUGGCAGUGGCUGCCAUACCUGAAGGAUUACCAGCAGUCAUAACAACAUGUUUGGCACUUGGCACUCGCAAGAUGGCCCAAAAGAAUGCACUUGUCAGGAAGCUUCCAAGUGUCGAAACUCUUGGUUGCACCACUGUCAUCUGCUCUGAUAAAACUGGAACUCUGACAACCAAUCAGAUGGCUGUAUCAAAGCUUGUGGCUAUGGGUUCUAGGGCUGGAAAUCUGAGAUCAUUCGAUGUGGAAGGCACAACUUAUAAUCCAUUCGAUGGUAAAAUAGAAGAUUGGCCUGUUGGUCGAAUGGAUGCUAAUCUUCAGAUGAUCGCCAAGGUUGCUGCAAUCUGCAAUGAUGCUGGUGUGGAGCAAUCAGGACAGCAUUAUGUUUCUACUGGAAUGCCUACCGAAGCUGCACUGAAGGUUUUGGUGGAGAAAAUGGGAUUUCCUGGAAUAGUCAAUCAUGAUGCUUCUUCUUUGAGCGCUGAAACUUUACGUUGCUCUGGCCUGUGGAAUAAAAUGGAGCAGCGAAUUGCAACUCUUGAAUUUGACAGAGACAGAAAAUCAAUGGGUGUCAUUGUCAAUUCUAGCUCUGGUAGAAAGGUGCUGCUAGUUAAGGGUGCUGUUGAAAAUGUGCUGGAGAGAAGUACUCAUAUUCAGUUGCUUGAUGGAUCUACUGUAGAACUAGACCAAUAUUCUCGGGAUCAUAUUUUACAGAGCCUUCAUGACAUGUCAACCACUGCAUUACGCUGCCUCGGGUUUGCAUACAAAGAGGAUCUUCCAGAGUUUGACACAUACAAUGGCGAUGAAGAUCAUCCAGCCCAUCAACUGUUACUUAAUCCAUCUAACUAUUCUUCCAUCGAGAGUAAACUUGUGUUUGUUGGUUUGGUUGGGCUGAGGGAUCCACCACGCAAAGAAGUUCCUCAAGCAAUUGAGGACUGCAGGGCUGCUGGAAUCAGAGUUAUGGUUAUUACCGGAGACAACAAAAAUACUGCAGAGGCUAUUUGCCGUGAAAUUGGUGUCUUUGGACAGUAUGAUGAUAUCAGCUUAAGAAGCUUUACCGGGAGAGACUUCAUGGACCAUCCCAACAGAAAGGAGGUUUUGAGACAAAGUGGGGGUCUAUUAUUCUCUAGAGCAGAACCAAGGCACAAACAAGAAAUAGUGAGGCUGCUGAAGGAGGAAGGAGAGGUGGUUGCAAUGACUGGAGAUGGUGUCAACGAUGCACCUGCUUUGAAGUUGGCUGACAUUGGAGUUGCUAUGGGCAUUGCCGGAACAGAGGUCGCAAAAGAAGCAUCUGAUAUGGUGUUGGCGGAUGACAAUUUCAGCACCAUUGUUGCUGCUGUUGGCGAAGGCAGGUCAAUUUACAACAACAUGAAGGCAUUUAUCAGGUACAUGAUCUCCUCAAACAUGGGUGAGGUUGCUUCCAUAUUCUUGACAGCUGCUCUGGGUAUCCCGGAGGGUAUGAUUCCUGUCCAACUUUUAUGGGUGAAUCUCGUCACUGACGGGCCUCCAGCAACAGCUUUAGGAUUUAACCCUGCUGAUAAAGAUAUAAUGAAGAAGCCUCCCAGAAGAAGCAACGAUUCACUGAUCACUCCUUGGAUAUUAUUCCGCUACCUGGUGAUUGGUCUCUACGUCGGGGUAGCAACUGUCGGAGUCUUCGUCAUAUGGUACACCCACAGCUCGUUCAUGGGGAUCAACCUGAGUGGAGACGGUCACACACUCGUCACCUACUCCCAGCUAGCAAGCUGGGACCGUUGCGACUCGUGGAAGAACUUCACUGUCACGCCCUUCACUGCUGGUGCACAGACCUUCAACUUCGACUCGAACCCUUGCGACUACUUCAGGUCUGGCAAGAUCAAGGCUUCCACGCUCUCGCUCUCAGUGCUCGUGUCCAUCGAGAUGUUCAACUCGCUCAAUGCUCUCUCUGAAGACGGAAGCCUCCUGACGAUGCCUCCGUGGGUGAACCCGUUCCUCCUCCUGGCCAUGGCUGUCUCGUUCGCGCUGCAUUUCUUGAUCCUGUACGUGCCUAUCCUUGCCCAGAUUUUCGGGAUCGUGCCUCUUAGCCUGAACGAGUGGCUGUUGGUGGUGGCCGUGGCUUUCCCCGUCAUCCUGAUCGAUGAGGUUCUCAAGUUCGUUGGAAGGUGCACGAGUCAGUCGAGACAUUCUCGUUCGACCUCAUCAAAGCAGAAAUCCGAGUAGGGGUUGGAACCACGUAGGGGGAGAGCGCUGUGUUUAUUUGAUUGUGGUCCUUUUCGUUGAUGAAAUCAAUGACGAUCAUUAUGUGGCUUUGGACCAUGGAAAGAAAGUAUUUGAUUAGAUUAAAUUUAGAUAAAAAGAACUGUUCUUACUCUUUGCUCUUUAACCUUAGAUGUACCAACUUCGAAGAAUAGUCUACAAUUUUGUCUCGGUUUCUUGUUUCUCGUUAGACAUGAAAGAUAAAGGCUGUUUGUGGUUUUCAAUGGCGGUUUUAAGGCCAUUCAAUUGAAUCGAAUUCAAUCUAACAUUUUCACAUCA